AUGGCAUUCGAUAUGGAAGCGUUUAUUGGAAUGGUCGAAAAUUAUCCUUUCCUAUAUGACAAAAGCAAAAAGAAAUUUAAAGAUGUUUCUUUUAAACACACGUAUUGGACAGCAAUAGGAACUGCUUUUAAUAUUUCAGCUGAAGAAGCCAUAAAAAAAUGGAAAAACUUGAAAGAUAGAUACACAAAGUUAAAAAACAAUAUAAAUAAGUCGAAAAGAAGUGGUGCAGCUACUUCUGAAAUUUACAAAACAAAUUGGAAGUAUUUCGACUUACUAGAUAAUAUGCUAAAAGGCGGAUUGAGAAAUGAACACUUAAAAACCAGUAAUGUUCCAAGAAUGAGAUGUGGUCUAAACAAUGAACAAGCACCUGGAGGCAUGCUGGAGGAGAAAACAGGUCAUUCUGGAGAAGGACUUGAGAACAAGUGGACGACGAGCGAAGAGGAGCAAAGUUGA